AUGUCACUUGAUCCGGCAAGUGGUUAUGCUGCCGGCGGAAACGAUGACGGCCAAAUCCCCAUCUUCGACGUGCAGAAGGUGCAGCUGCAAUUCCCAAUAUCAGCGGACUUUGUUGCAGCCCAGGUAGCCAACAAUGUCCUUGUCCUCGCCUUGUCGACCGGUCGCAUACUUCGAUUCGACUUGGACAAUCCCGAGGACAUCGAUGAUAUAGACCUUCCCAAACGACCUGCCGAGAUUGGCCUUAUACGGAGACUCUUCCUUGAUCCCUCAGCAUCACACCUGAUCAUCAGCACGACUCUCGGCGAGAACUUCUACCUGCAUACCCAGUCGCGGCAGCCGAAAGCAUUAGCAGGACUGAAGGGAGUGCAGGUCGAGAGCAUAGCAUGGAGUCCUUCACAACCUACAGCUUCGACAAGGGAGAUACUGGUUGGAGCUGCCGACGGCAACAUAUACGAGACGUUCAUCGAGCCUACGAGCGAGUUUUACAGACGGCAGGAGAAGUAUGUGCGGAAUCUAUACAAUCCUCAGGAUGGCGCGGUGAUCGGUAUAUACGCCGAUGUGCUUUCGACCAGGCCGGAGACGAGACGAGUCAUGAUAGCUACAGCACACAAGCUUCUGCAUUUCGCUGGACGGACUGGAAGGCAAGGAUCAGAGGGCAGUGGUAGUGUCUAUGCGAAGCUCUUCGAGAGCGAGACGCCUGCUGUUCAUGAAGUGGACAGGACUGGUGUGGCAGUGCCUGCAAGUCUGGCCGUGUCGCCAGACUCCCCUGAAGCUUCGGCAUCAGCAGUCGAUAGCGAGGACGCUCAAAGAGCGUUCGCGUGGCUAUCUGCGCAAGGCAUCCUCAGUGGCGAGCUUCUGACUUCAGCUCCUGACCCCGCUGUGUUAGGCAGACAGAUUUUCCGAGAAUCUAAGCUGUUGCCUCAGUCGAAACUACCGCCGCUGCAGACAUCUGGUGGUCGACCCAGGACUCAGCAGCCACCGAUCGCUUCUGCCAUCCUCACGCAGUUCCACAUCCUGGCUUUGGUCGAAGGACGGAUUACUGGUGUGAACAGGUUGGACGAAUCAGUAGUGUAUAACCAACAAGUCCUUGAGCCAGGUACAGGCAGCCUUGGCCUCUUCGCCGAUCACCAGAAGAACACAUAUUGGCUUUUCACAGCCAACGAGAUCUUCGAGGUCGUAGUCACCGACGAAGCUCGCGAUGUCUGGCGCAUCAUGCUCAAGCAGGGCCGAUAUGAGGCUGCUCAGCGCUAUGCCAAGACUACUGAUCAAAAGGAUGCGGUUGCAUCAAUGACUGGCGAUCAUCUGAUCAGCUCUGGUCAGUAUGGGGAAGCAGCUGUGGUGCUAGGCAAGAGCACUAAAGCGUUCGAGGACGUCGCUCUCAGCUUCAUUGACAAGGGCGAGCACGAUGCGCUGAGAAAGUAUCUACUGGUCAAGCUCUCGAAUUUGUCGAAGAAAGCUGUCAUGCAACGAACAAUGGUCGCUGCGUGGCUUAUAGAGUUGUUUAUGGCCAAGCUCAAUCAGCUAGACGAUACAAUCAGCACGAAAGCAGAGCUCACCACAAAUGCCGAUGGUGGAAGGACAACCGCCUCAGCCGCCGAGACACAAAAGCAGCUUCCAGCCAUGCGCAAGGAAUUCCAAGACUUCUGUGCCCGCAACAAAGCAGACUUGGAUGCAAAGACAGUCUACGAAAUCAUAAGCGCGCACGGCAGAGAGGAAGAACUCCUCUUCUACGCCAACGUAAUCGACGACUACAACUACGUGCUCUCCUACUGGGUUCAACGCGAACGCUGGCAAGAAGCCAUGAACGUCCUCAAGAAACAAACCUCCGCCGAAAUGUUCUACAAAUAUAGCACAGUCCUCAUGGCCCACGUCGCCGUCGAACUAACCGAAGUCCUCAUGCGCCAACCAAACCUGGACGCCAAAAAGCUCAUCCCAGCUCUACUAAACUACAACAAAGUCCUCGGCGACAGCGUGUCCUUGAGUCAAAACCAAGCAAUCCGCUACCUCCUCUUCUGCAUCAACCACGCCCACUCCACCGAACCCGCCGUCCACAACACCCUCCUCUCCCUCUACGCCUCGCAUCGCUCAAAGGACGAAACAGCACUACUAUCCUACCUAGAAACGCAAUCCCAAUCCCACGAACAAAACUACGACGCCGACUUCGCUCUUCGGCUGUGUAUAGCCCAUCAGCGCGUCCAGAGCGCCGUCCACGUCUACUGCACAAUGCAACAAUACGCCUCCGCCGUCGACCUCGCCCUAAAACACAACCACGUCGACCUCGCCGCCACCGUGGCCGAUCGCCCGGGCAACGACGAAGCCCUGCGCAAGAAACUCUGGCUCAAAGUCGCCAAGAAAGUGAUUGGACAAGCAAAAGGCAUCAAAGCGGCAAUCGAGUUCCUGAAACGUUGCGAUUUAUUGCAUAUCGAGGACCUCAUCCCCUUCUUCCCGGACUUCGUCGUCAUUGAUGAUUUCAAAGAGGAGAUUUGCGCGGCGUUGGAGGAGUAUUCCCGGCAAAUUGAGGGGUUGAAGCGGGAGAUGGAUGAGAGUGCUUCUACGGCCGCGCAUAUCAAGGACGAUAUUCAAGCUUUGGAUACACGGUAUGCGAUCGUGGAACCAGGGGAACGGUGCUGGAAGUGUCGGUUACCGCUCUUGAUGAGGCAGUUCUUCGUGUUUCCGUGCCAGCACUCUUUUCAUGCGGAUUGUCUUGGGGAGAUGGUGUUGGCGAGGAUUGCGGUAGGGAGGCAGAAGAGGGUGAGGGAGUUGCAGAGGGAGAUUGGGAGGGGGGUUGCUUUGGGGAGGAAGAGGGAGGGGAUGGUUAGGGAGUUGGAUGGGUUGGUGGCGGGGGGGUGUGUGCUUUGUGAUGAGUUGGCUGUUAGGAUGGUGGAUUUGCCGUUUGUGACGGAUAAGGAUGAUAGGGACGAGUGGGCUGUUUGA